AUGUGCUCUGAAAGUUCUGCCUAUCGAGCCCCAGAGAACUACACUUCCCAGGGGGCGGUGGCGAAGUGCCUCGGCUUCCCUAGUGACCAGUGGCCAAUGGCAGACGCGGAAGCGGCUAGCAGGCCCGAGGAGGCGGCGGUAACGGCCGGGGCCGGGGCCGAACACCGGAGUCUAGAGUGGCACGAGCACAGCCCGGGGCUUCGGGCGGCCCCCGGCGGGGUCACGGCGUCGGGGGCGCAGGCUGCCCACGAGCCAUCGGGCCUGUCCUUGUCAUCUCAGAUGUACAAAGGCUAUCUGUUCGAAGGCCCGAGCACUGGAGGACUGAACCAGCUGCCUUUUGACCCAUCCAUCAGCCAUGAGCCACUGCACUUUUACAGCCCUUCUGGCAGUCCAUCGCUGUCAGAAGUUCAGGUUGAGAAUGAAGAGGAGGCGAGCAAGAAACGAAAGCGAACGAGUGAGAGCGCAGCUGAUGGUAGUAGAAGUCUGAAUGUGGAAUCUGCACCAAUGGCUCUACCAAUGUCAGACCCGAAUGCGUGGGCCACAGCGAUGAAUAAUCUCAGAAUGGCACCGUUGGGAAUUGCAGGACAACCUAUGUUGCCAGAUUUUGAUCCAGCUCUUGGAAUGAUGACAGGAAUCCCACCGAUCACACCUAUGAUGCCAGGCUUGGGGAUCGUUCCUCCUCCGAUUCCUCCUGAUAUGCCAGCGGUGAAGGAGAUCAUUCACUGCAAAAGCUGCACUCUUUUCCCACCAAAUCCAAAUCUUCCACCACCUACAACCCGGGAAAGACCCCCAGGAUGCAAAACAGUCUUUGUAGGAGGUCUUCCAGAGAAUGCAACAGAGCAGAUCAUCAUUGAAGUAUUUGGUCAAUGUGGGGAAAUCAUUGCUAUCCGAAAAAGCAAGAAAAAUUUUUGCCACAUUCGUUUUUCUGAGGAGUUCAUGGUAGACAAAGCCCUCUACCUCUCUGGAUACCGCAUCCGCUUGGGCUCAAGCACUGACAAGAAGGACACUGGGCGCCUCCAUGUGGAUUUUGCCCAGGCCCGGGAUGACUUGUAUGAAUGGGAGUGUAAGCAGCGCAUGCUGGCCCGCGAAGAGCGCCACCGCCGCCGCAUGGAAGAGGAGCGCUUCCGGCCCCCAUCUCCUCCUCCUGUUGUUCAUUAUUCAGACCAUGAAUGCAGCAUUGUGGCUGAGAAGCUGAAAGACGAUUCCAAAUUCUCUGAAGCAGUGCAGACACUGCUGACCUGGAUAGAGCGUGGUGAGGUGAACCGACGCAGUGCCAACAACUUCUACUGCAUGAUUCAGUCGGCCAAUAGCCACAUCCGCCGCCUGGUCAAUGAGAAGGCAGCUCAUGAGAAGGGGAUGGAGGAGGCCAAGGAGAAGUUCAAGCAGGCUCUGGCAGGGAUCCUUGUUCAAUUUGAGCAGAUAGUGGCCGUUUACCAUUCUGCCUCCAAACAGAAAGCAUGGGACCAUUUCACCAAAGCCCAGCGUAAGAACAUCAGUGUGUGGUGCAAACAAGCUGAGGAAAUUCGAAACAUUCACAACGAUGAACUGAUGGGAAUCAGGAGAGAGGAAGAGAUGGAGAUGUCUGAAGAGGAAAUAGAAGACCCUAAUGAGUCAAAGGAAAAUGAAGACUCAGCCCUAGUCUCUCAGGCUGAGGCCCUGAAGGAAGAAAAUGACAGCCUGCGUUGGCAGCUUGAUGCCUACCGGAAUGAAAUGGAAUUGCUCAAACAGGAACAAGGCAAAAUCAGCCGAGAUGAGGAUGCAACUAAGGAGCAGCAGCUAAAGCUCCUUCAGCAGGCUCUGCAAGGGAUGCAGCAGCACCUUCUGAAACUGCAAGAUGAAUACAAGAUAAAGGAAACCGAGCUUGACAAAGUCAAGGAGGAAAAGAUGCAGCUGGAAAAAUUACUGGAGAAUCUAAAGGAGCAGGAGUGUAGAGUUUCCAAGAUCUGCGUGUCCAACCAGGAGAAUGACCCACUGGAAAGGACUGCGACUAACAACCCUGUCAAAUCAGAGAGAGAGGCACUCUUAGUGGGUAUAAUAUCCACAUUUCUUCAUGUGCAUCCAUUUGGAGCAAGCAUUGAAUACAUUUGCUCUUAUCUACAGCGUCUUGAUACCAAGAUUUGCACCAGCGAAGUGGAAACUCUCAUGAGCCGCCUGCAGUGCACCUUUAAGCAGGAGAUGACCGGAGUUGGAGCCAGCCUGGAGAAAAGAUGGAAAUUCUGUGGCUUUGAUGGUCUCAAGAUGACUUAAUCUUCCCUUUCACUACCCAAGAUCCUGGAGGGAAACAGUUAUCUAAGCCUGGGAAGUGAUAAAAAUCUAUCUAUGUGUUGUUUUCAUUGGUUUUCAUUUGUUUUUUGUGAUUGUUAUGUAAGAAUUCUCUUUAGCCUUGUAGCUCCCCUUAUGGAAUCUAUGGUAACAAGUGUGGAUUAUAGAUAGCACAGCACCUUCUGCUAAAGGCCCUCGACAGACAGACUGGCUCCAACCUUAAGUGUGGCCAUUUCUCUCCCUUGGUGAGUUGGUUGGUUGGCUUUUUUUGAAUGAAAACUUUCAGAUGCUCAAAAAAAUUACACCUGGGGCAUCUACUGUGUCUAUACUACUGUUCUUAAGCCUUGACAUUUUCUUUUUUUUAAGCACACUGUUAUUGGAAAUAUUUUGACAGUUUGUAUGUGAUAUGUUUUUCCAAAAUUUUUCAUCCUCUAAAUAUUUCUCCUCUUACAAGGAGCCAUCGGUAGAACUUCCAAUACCAGAAUCAUCUUUCCCCUCAGUAAUGCUGCAGGAGACAAGCCAGCCUACACUCAGGCACUGGCAAGGGCACACACACACACGCACGCACACGCGCUCGCACACACACACAUACACACACUCACACUCACACAAUGCUUGAUCUUGCCCAUCUUUUGAAGACAGACCAUGGUUCAUGGGUUUCUUUGUUUUUUGUUUGUUUUACAGAACAGUCAUGAGCCAGAAGUUGACACAUUUUUCCAAAGUGGUUCUUUCUCCUCUAUUAGGUAGCUUAUUUCAGAAUUUACAAGGAAAACUAAAUUAAAAACAAGUCCAAUGUAUUGGCAUAAACAGCAGCCUAGUCUGGCUGACAUGUUUACAUAGUCUUCAGCAUCAUUUUGUAUAUAAUCUGCUUCUAAAGGUGGGCGUAUUUCAUUUUCUACAAACUAGACAAAAAUGAUUACAUCAGGAAUGGGAUUUAUUUUCAUAUUCUCUCUGCUCCAGCCUUUCACAGAAUCAGUAAGCCCUUUCCUCCUGCCAUCAGUGUGCCAAUCAAGAGCUCACCCACUGCUGUAAAUAUUCUGUUUACUUCCUGUUGAAUGUUUCCAAAGAGAUGCUCUGAGUAUCACUAGCUCAUUGUACUUUCACAAAGGAAGGACCAGGGUUUUCUUAGUACUGGGAGGCAGCUCAUGCCCCUGAGAUCGGGCCCUCCAGGCUGCCGAGACCUCCUGCAGUUUACAUUUGAGGGUCUGGUUCAGAAGUUCCACUUAGUUGUUUAAUGGAGACAGGUUGGGGUUGAACAUCCGGAGACAAAUUGGUCUGGCCUCUUACGUGGUGCUUUUUUUUCCAAAUCAAGCAUCCCCACCCUUUAGUACUGGCUUAAAAUAGUGUGCUUGUGCUGCAGAGAAUAUGAGGAGUAUUUCAGGAGAAUACCUUGUAAAUGACAUGUCAGUACUGUUUCCAGUUGUAUUUUUCAAAUAAUAAAAUAAAAUAAAAUUUUUACACCGUCA